AUGGCAUACACUGAUCAUGAUUUGACCAAUGAUUUGGAAAUCAAGACAGUUGAUAAGCCGCAAGAAAUCUUCGCCGAGUCGAGUAAUGAGUUUAUUGACAAAGCGAUUCAGAAGAUCAGCAAGAUCCCAGAUUACGAUCCUUCAAAUUUGGAUGUUUAUGGACGGGCUCCAAAAGAUGUCCCAAAGGGAAUUCAGGGAGGAUCAGGUAAAAGCCUGUUGGCCAAUCUCGUAAAGUUUGCAUUCGGUCAAGAUCAGAUUGGACUUCUAAGUAACUCAAUGCAAGAAAAAUUUGGCCUGAGUGAAUUUGCCACGAAGCAAAUCGUUUGCUGCGACGACAUGCCUCAUAACAUCGCUAAGACGCUUCCCCGAUCAGACUUCUUAUCGAUGAUGACUCGCGGUUCGAUUUCGUGUCCUGUCAAAGGGAAAGGCUCCAUUGAAGUGCUAGAUUGGAAUAUUCCAACUCUAAUCAACUCGAAUCAUAUGCCGAACUACAAAGACGAAGCUGGCGAAAUCGUUCGUCGUCUGAUGAUUGUUGAAUUUGGCAAGCAAGUCCCUGAUGAUGAAGUAGAUGUGGAACUUGAGCAAAAAAUCAAAGAUCAAGAGUUUGCAACGUUCUUGCAUCGAUGCCGUUCAAAGUAUAUCGAGUUCAAAGCCAAAUACGCAAGCAAGAAGGUGACAGCAUUUGCUCCCCAGUCGUUCAUUGAUAGAAGCAAUGAGUUUCGCGAGACUGCUAACAACAGCUACGGAUUUGCUAUGGGAAACGUAGCAUAUGAAGAAGGGGCAGAAAUAUCAAGAUCUGAAAUGCGGAGACACUUGCUCGUUUGGAUGCAAGAGAAGUUCGGAUUGGAUAAAUUACCCAAGGAACAGUUAAAGCCACAAGAGAUCGAGCGCGCUCAUAGUAAAAUCAAGUAUGUCGAAAUGAAAAUCUGCACACACUGUGGAAACAAACAUACGAAGGAUUGCUGCGAGCGUGUAUAA